ACACUAGUCAAGCCGGACACUAGUGUUUACCUGACGGCCCUGUCGCAGCUUCCCCGGAUGACAACGUGGGGCUGCUGUGGGCGAUCUCGAAGAGGGGUUCUACUCACCGAAACUUUGUAGCUAGCUACUGGAUCUUUUUAACUUCAUGCCUGCCCUAUCGAGGUUUGGUAGGUACCUGACUUGUCUUUACCUCGAAACCAAAUAGGAUCCGUCCUUUUUUUCUGUUCUCAAUUUUCGGGGAACCUCCAAGUUUUCCUCUCGGUUCCCGUCCUCUUUCCUGCCAAAUUUGCCCUCGAACCCCGCCCCCCGCCCCCCGCCAAACCGCAACUCGACAAUGGCUUCCUACCCGCCCCUCGCCGAGCGCGAGAUCAAGAACACGAUCGUCCUCUUUGACGUCGAUGGCACUCUCACGCCCGCGCGUCUGUCGGCCUCCCCCGAGAUGCUCUCCCUGCUCUCGCGGCUCCGGCAAAAGGUGGCGAUCGGGUUCGUCGGGGGUUCGGACCUGGUCAAGCAGCAGGAGCAGCUGGGCGGGCCCGGCGUGGACGUGACGACGCUGUUUGACUUCUGCUUCGCCGAGAACGGGCUGACGGCGUACCGGCUGGGCGAGCCGCUGCCGUCCAACAGCUUCAUCAAGUGGAUCGGCGAGGACCAGUACAAGGAGCUCGUCCGCUUCAUCCUCCACUACAUUGCCGACCUCGAGAUCCCCGUCAAGCGCGGCACCUUUGUCGAGUUCCGCAACGGCAUGAUCAACGUCUCCCCCAUCGGCCGCAACGCCACCGUGAGCGAGCGCAACGAGUUCGAGAAGUACGACAAGGAGCACGGCGUCCGCAAGGCCUUUGUCGAGAAGCUGCGCGAGCGUUUUGGCCAUCUGGGCUUGACAUUCUCCAUUGGCGGGCAAAUCUCGUUCGAUGUCUUUCCUACCGGCUGGGACAAGACGUACUGUCUGCAGCACAUUGAGAACGAGGCGAAGCGGCCCGGUGGCGUCCAUUACACGACGAUCCACUUCUUCGGCGACAAGACGUUCGAGGGCGGCAACGACUACGAGAUCUACAACGACCCGCGCACCAUCGGCCAUUCGGUCACGGGACCUCAAGACACCAUAGACGAGCUCAAGAAGUUGUUUAACCUAUGAACGCGGGGCAGGGAAGCGACCUGUCUGGCCCUGGAUGCCUUGAUUGCAGCUGGACUGGGCUAUGAUUUCAAUCAUGGUGCAUCGGCGCGGACGGACCUGGGGGCGGGUGGUCGAUCUAAAGCGUCCUCGCGGAGACUAAUAAUAAUGUAGAUAGCAAGCACU